AUGGUCCUCCAGGAUCUGGGACGGCGCAUCAAUGCGGCCGUCAAUGACAUGACGAGGUCUAACAACCUCGAUGAGAAGGCCUUCGAUGAAAUGCUUAAAGAGAUCUGUGCCGCCCUUCUGUCCGCAGACGUGAACGUCAAGCUCGUCCAGACUCUCCGCAAGUCGAUCAAGUCCAGCGUCAACUUCGCCAACAUCCCGGCCGCCACGAACAAGAAGCGCCUGAUCCAGAAGACCGUUUUCGAUGAGCUGGUGGCUUUGGUCGACCCUCAUGCGGACUCCUUCCGCCCCAAGAAGGGUCGUUCAAACGUUAUCAUGUUCGUUGGUCUGCAGGGUGCCGGUAAGACCACCACCUGUACCAAGCUCGCUCGUCACUAUCAGAUGCGCGGUUUCAAGACCGCCCUUGUCUGCGCCGAUACCUUCCGUGCUGGUGCCUUCGACCAGCUGAAGCAGAACGCGACCAAAGCCAAGAUCCCCUACUACGGUAGUUUGACGCAGACGGACCCUGCCGUUGUCGCGGCCGAGGGUGUGGCCAAGUUCAAGAAGGAGCGCUUUGAUAUUAUCAUCGUCGAUACCAGUGGUCGUCACCGUCAGGAGGAGGAACUGUUCACUGAGAUGACCCAGAUUCAAACCGCCGUGACUCCCGACCAAACCAUCCUGGUUCUUGACAGCACCAUCGGUCAGGCGGCGGAGGCCCAGUCAGCGGCUUUCAAGGCCACCGCUGACUUCGGAGCCAUCAUCAUCACCAAGACAGAUGGCCACGCCGCUGGUGGUGGUGCCAUUUCUGCCGUCGCCGCUACAAACACCCCUAUCAUCUACUUGGGAACAGGUGAGCACAUGAUGGAUCUCGAGCGAUUCGAGCCCCGCGCAUUUGUCCAGAAACUGCUGGGCAUGGGCGACGUGGCCGGACUGGUCGAGCACGUGCAGGCCGUCACCAAGGACUCCGCCGCCGCCAAGGAGACUUAUAAGCACAUUGCCGAAGGUAUCUACACCAUUCGCGACUUCCGGGAGAACAUCACGUCCAUCAUGAAGAUGGGCCCGCUGUCCAAGCUCUCCGGCAUGAUUCCGGGUCUGUCCAACCUGACUCAGGGCCUGGACGAUGAGGACGGCUCGCUGAAGCUCCGCCGCAUGGUCUACAUCUUCGACAGCAUGACAGCCGCCGAGUUGGACUGUGACGGCAAGCUCUUCACCGACCAACCCAGCCGCAUGGUCCGCGUCGCCCACGGCAGUGGUACCACCGUCCGCGAAGUCGAGGACCUGCUCUCUCAGCACCGCAUGAUGGCCGGCAUGGCCAAGCGUGUCGGUGGCCAGAAGAAGCAGAUGCAGAAAGCGCAGAACAUGCUCAAGGGCGGAAACAAGGAGCAGCAGAUGGCCGCCAUGCAGAAGCGUAUGCAGGCCAUGGGUGGUGCCGGCGGAAUGGGCGGUAUGCCUGGUAUGGGCGAUAUCCAGAAGAUGAUGCAGAUGAUGGGUGGUGGCCAGGGUGGAGGAGGCAUGCCUGGUCUGCCCGCUGGUAUGGAUUUGCAGAGUAUGAUGAGCCAGAUGGGCGGUUUGAUGGGUGGAAUGGGCGGAAUGGGCGGCAUGGGUGGUGGUGGUGGUGGGGGACGUGGACGAGGACGAUAG